GCCGUGUAUGGAGUAUUACAUCCGCCUGAGGUGACGAAGUACUCUUGUUGAUGGACACACUGGGAAGGUUUUGAACGGAGGCCACUACAUCAGAUUUGAUCACCAUUAUUUUGCUGGCAUACAGAGAGAGAGAGAGAGAGAGAGAGAGAGAGAGAGACACCGGUUGUUGGAUUGGAGAGAGAAUCGGGCGUUGACUACGCUCGAGAAGAGAGAGAGAGAGAGAGANGAGAGAGAGAGAGAGAGACACCGGUUGUUGGAUUGGAGAGAGAAUCGGGCGUUGACUACGCUCGAGAAGAGAGAGAGAGAGAGAGAGAGAGAGAGUUAAUAACCACGCUCGAGCAGAGAGAGAGAGAACUCUUGCUUAAGUUGCUUUGACUACGUUGGUGCGCUCACCAUGGCGCUGAGUCGGGGGGUAGACCCUUUCGACCUCGCCUUGUCCCCGUGGGGAUUCUGGAACUGGGGAUCAGACUGGCCGACGGGAGCGGUUGGCACGUUGAUAGGUGGUGGGCAGGGAAGAGGGAGCAGGGGGGAAGCUGCGGCUAGCGAUGCUCCGUCUCUGGUCAACGCGAGCGUUGACUGGAUUGAGAAACCGGACGCACACGAGUUUAAGAUCGAUCUGCCGGGGUUGAAGAAAGGCCAAGUGAAAGUGGAGGUAGAGGACGGACGGACGCUGGUGGCUCGGGGGCAGAGACAGAGGGAGGAGACGAAGGGUGAUGAGCGCUGGCAGGGUGAGUGGGAGCUUUCGAUUCUACGUUUCGCAAGAGCAGUGAGACUGUGGGAGUUCUGGAGUCUAUCUUACGCAAGAGGAUUGGGAGCUGCAGUGAGCUGCAGUGGGACUGUCGGAGUUGUGGAGUCUACCUUACGCAAGAGGAUUGGGAGGUGCAGUGGGACUGUCGGAGUUCUGGACUCUGGAGUCUACCUUACGCAAGAGGAUUGGGAGCUGGCUCGAAUGUUGGGUUCCGAGCAGAAGAGGCGGACGAUCACGAUCUUGGUUGAAGUGGAUGAGCUGCAAACAAUUACGAAGACGACGAAGACGAAGAAGAACUGAGAUGGAGGAAGGCUUGAAUUCACGGGUCGACAGGGUGAAGGCGGACUUCG